CUCUACGAACGGAAGCAGGUCGGCAAGCAACGUUUUGUGCUUGUGCGACUGGACGACCAGCUGGAGCGCGUAAAGGAGGUGCUGGCGAAGUGGGAAGGGCUGGACAAUAACUUAUCCGAGUCCUGCAGGUCCUUGGGUGCGGCUGGCGCGUGUGACGGCUCCGCCCGCAGGGUCGGGCUUUUGUCCAAUGCAGGCUCCGCCACGCACUGGAACGACGAGUACCUUGGCGUGGACGCAGCGGUGAGCGGCGCGACGAAGGUCACGAACGGCUUUGAGUUCAGCGGGGCCAAUUCACGCGCCGAGUGGCCCGUGGGCGCGCAGGGGCAGAACCAGCGGUACCACUUCGCAAACUACAACUUCGCUCUGCUGGCGACAGUGACCGUCAAUGACCCGAAAGACGGCGCCUCCGUGUUUGGUGUGCGGUUCAACGGCACCGACAGCGCAGGCAACCGCCUUGGAUUGUUGUGCAGCAGCGACAAAAAGUGGGUGGUGAAGAGCCGGACUGGGGAGACGGUGGCGCAGGCCGCAGGGUGUGAGCCCAGUAAACCGUACCGCGUGCUUCUCACACUCCAGGAGGGCAGUUUUUCCUUCUUCGUCAACGGCACGCCACUGAAGCCUGCGGGUGCGGACGCCGCGGCGCUGGCGAAGAAGGACAGCGAGGAGAUCGCGCACUUCUACUUUGGGGCGGACGACGGCAUGCGUGACGCCGGCGGCAGCGUGACCGUGAAGAACGCCCAGCUGUUCAACCGCGCCUUUGUCCCCAAUGAGGUUGCCGCACUGCAGAGGAAGGAGAACGAGGCCAGAGUAAAGGCGCCGAAACCGGAGCAGGUGCCUCGCAUUGCCGCAUCCGCCGUCAGCGGCCUGAAGAACUCUGCGCACGGCGUGGCGGAGGGGCCGUCAGUGGCAGCCGGCACUGGCCCCGCGACGACCGACGCGGCUGGGAGUUCUGCGGGGGAUGCGUCGGUGCCGCGCGGUGCUCCGGCGCUGGACCCCAACAACGCCUCUGCCGCAUUCGCAAAGGAGGCUGCGGGCACAGUGCAGAGGGAGGCUGGCGGCGGCGACGGCACUGCGCGUGGGCGUGUGUCUGGGGUGCUCUCGCUGCUUCUGCUUGCGCUGUGGGGCCUCUCCGCGCUGUGCUGA